UGUAGGGAAAGGGGCGUGGCUAAGAGUGUGUUGCAUAGCGACGAGAGGGCGCUCCUAGACUAAGAAAAGAGCAUAGCACAGGCCUGGGCAAAUUUAGGCCCUCCUGGUGUUUUGGACUCCAACUCCCACCAUUCCUAACAGCCUCAGGCCCUUUCCUUAAGCGGCUGAGGGGGAAAAGUAAGGGGCACGAGGCUGUUAGGAAUGGUGGGAGUUGGAGUCCAAAACACCUGGAGGGAAGGCCCAAGUUGACCCAGGCCUUCAUUUCUUCCCUGUAGGAGGCCCCGUGACACAAUGGGUUAAACCCCUGUGCCGCCUGGACUGCUGACCUGAAAAUUGCCGGUUCGAUUCCACGAUAUGGGGUGAGCCCCCGUCUGUCAGCUCUAGCUUGCAGGGACAUGAGAGACGCCUUGUGCCAGCUGGACUACUGACCUGAAGGUUGCCAGUUCAAUUCUGCGAUAUGGGAUGAGCUCCUGCCUGUCAGCUCUAGCUUGCAGGGACAUGAGAAAAGCCUCCCAGCAGGAUGGUAACAUAUCCGGGUGUCCCCUGGGCAGCGUUACUGUAGACGGCCCAUUCUCUCACACCAGAAGCAACUUGCAGUAUGUUCUCAAUUAGGCGACUAACUUCGGUGGCUUAACACUGUGGCUGUCCCAUAGAAAGCUAAAAGGAAAGAUAAAGGCCUUAUAAAACUAUGGUUCCCAUAAUUCUCUAUCAUUGAGCCAUGGUGGUUAAAGUGGUGUCAAACUGCAUCAAUUUGAUGAUGUAGUAUGACAGUAUGCUGUCAAAUCUAACCCAUUUCCUGACAGUAUGCUGAAACUAGAGAAAUGGUUCUUCACUGCUGUGGCCAAAUCUGGUUUCCUGUCCUGGCAUUGAUGUUUCAUCUACUAACCUGACCUAGUUUUGAGAAACCACAAGGGAUCUGAUGACUAAAAAGAAACUAAGAAGAAAGUUUCACAAAGACAAUCGAAUGGGAGAAAAAGCACCAUCAGAAGCAAUUCCAUGGACAAAGAAAAAUGGGAAAUGCCUGAAAAAAGCGAAUGAGAGUGUGUUUACAUUUGUGUUGUUUCAUAUUUAUUGUUUGCUGGCUGGAGCCCCAAUGUUGGAGAAAAGUCAGGAUAAAAAUAAAGAAAAUAAUAAAUCGUUUUAAAAGAUGUCAAAAUGUGACAUUCAUUUGCUUUUCAUAUACACAUGGCCUGAAGGUCAUUCUGCACAAUGACCAGCAGUGCUGUGGAAUUCAAAAAGGCACGAAUGGAGGGCGAAAGGGAGAAAUGUGUCAAGAGGAAGAAGGCACGUCAAGCCAACCCUAGUUGGGACCGCCUUCCAUCUGGAAACCUAUGGAAGACCACGCGGAUCAAUAAUAGGUCUCUGCAAUCACCUACGGACCCACCAAGACCCUACACUUGCAAUCAUACUCAGCCAUGAGGGAUCGCCUAUGAUGAAAAUAAACAUUACAUACUUAAAAUGGACUUCUCACCUCCCAUCUUAAAGAUAUAUGAUGGAAAUACUAUUGCCACCCCAUUAAUGUCUUAUCUGACACAACUUCUUUAUUCAACCUUACUAUCUCAAUAUUUUACUCGAUUUUCCAAACUGCAAGCAUUUUUACAUUUUUCUUUGUAAAUGGUACAAAUGGUUCACAUUCUUUCAAAAAAAAACUGCCAUGUCUGACAAACUUUCCUGCCUCGAUUCAACACCACCAUCCCCGCAUGCACACACCUGAGCUGCUUCUGUUUUUGAAGCAAGUUGAAAGAAACCAGUUUCAUUUCUGCUCUCCAUCCAAAGCAACCUCAAGUGGGUAGAUUAUUGUGAGAUAUUCUAGAUCUCCUGUCAGUGACAGAGCAGCAGUUUGACAUUUGGGGCAGGAAACAAAGAGCUCUUCAGGAAAUUCUGAUAGAAGGAUUUAAAAGGGGCAAAGAAACCAAGUAUUGCAUUCAGGCUCUGCUGAAUUGGCUCUUGAAGAGCUGCCAAGACUUAUGGAUAACCAUUCCUCUAUGAAUGAGCUGCUACGAAAUGGAUCAAAUGGAUCAAUGUGUGAAAUCGAGGACGGCUUCUUAGCCAUGACUCUCCCUAUCACUUACUCCAUCAUAUCCGUCACUGGCUUCUUCAGCAACUCCCUGGCUCUCUGGGUCUUCUUUUUCGGCACCCGGAAGACGAACUCCAUCACGGUGUACCUGAAGAACCUUGCCAUGGCCGACCUCCUGCUCGCCCUUUGCCUACCCUUCCGGGCCACUUACCAGAACCAGAUCGGCCCUCCAAUCCUCUGCAAAGUGGUUGGCAUUAUCUUCUACCUCACCAUGUACGUCAGCAUCUUCCUCCUGAGCCUCAUCAGCUUGGACCGCUAUCUCAAAAUCAUUCGACCCCUCCAGCAAUACCGCAUCCACACUGUGCCACACAGCACCACCGCAUCCAGAGUGGUGUGGUUCCUUUGCGCCGGUUCAAUGUUGCCUUUCUUUUUCGAUGGCGGUGAGAGAGGACACUGUGGCCACAGAUGCUUCCAUUUCAAGAACAGAGGGAUACUGGGGUCCAUCUUCAACAUGUUGGCGGUCGCCACCUUCUUCCUCUUGUUGCUCUUUUUCUUCUAUUCUUACGGCAAAAUCUCCCUGAAGCUCCGCGCCGUCGCCUUAAAGAACUCUAAGAAGACUAGCACCAGAGCCAUACUCAAGACUUUCGUGGUCCUGGCUGUCUUUGUGAUGUGCUUCACCCCAUACCAUGUUGUCCGAGUGCCGUACAUUCUUGCCCAGGUGGGGGUCAUUCCCUCCACAGAAAGCAGACAGGCCCUCCACCUGGCAAACGAGAUGGUCCUUUGCAUCUCUGCGCUCAACUGUUGCUUCGACCCUGUGAUUUUUUUCUUCCUGUCCAGCAGUUUCAAGAGAGCCAUGUUGGCUUCCACCCAUGGGAAGCUCAAGAGAGCGCUCCAGAAGAACCAGGGGGUCUUGAAUCCCAGAAAAUCCACCUCAGAAUUUAGGAUCCAGAGGAUUGAGUUACAUGGUCUGAGAGAGUCUAUGGAAAAUACACAAUGAAGAGGCAAACACAUUUGGGAGGAGAUAGGAGACUGGAAUCUUCACUGUGUCCUCCAGAUGGGAUAAAGGUAAAGGUUUCCCCUUGACAUUAAGUAUAGUCGAGUCUGACUAGAGGAUGGUGCUCAUCUCAAUUUCUAAGCUGAAGAACCGGCAUUGUCCUUAGAUGUCUAAAACAUGUGGCCGGCAUGACUGCAUGGAGCACAGUUCCCUUCCCACCGAGAUGGUACCUAUUGAUCUACUCACAUUUGCAUGUUUUUGAACAGCUAGGUUGGCAGAAGCUGGGGCUAACAAUGGGAGUUCACCCUGUCCCACAGACUCAAAUCACCGACCUUCCAGUCAGCAAGUUCUGCAGCUUAGCGAUUUAACCCGAUGGGAUAUAUUCCUGGAAAAAUAAAGAGUGAAGGUCUCUGACCAUAAUCUUCUAGCAGUCCCCGUUAGUGCUCUUCAACUGUAAGAUAUAUACAGCACUGCUACUGCCUGCAUAUGCUUUGCAAGCUUAUGUGCUAACUCAACCGAAAUACUGUAUUUACGUGAGAUAGGAACUUGGUGUGGCAUCCCAAUGAUGGAUGAGGCCAAAAUGCUGCAUUAAAGGUACUAGCAUAUUUGAAUUUGAAGCUCUUAGCAACUCGCAGAAGAAGCUGUAUCUGGACUGCACAAUUAUACCAGUUAGAUACCAGUACAACUUCCAAAACUCCAUCCUCAAAAAUUGUGAUACUUGCAGUUUGGUGCAGUACUUUGGUCAAAUAUGUAAAUUUCAUUUCAACUUUUGUUAAAACAGAAACCUUUAAAAAUAGAGGAAUGCUGUGUUUUGCUAGAGAACUUGAACAUUUGAUGUCAGAUCUGUUUUCUUCAUUAGAUGGAUACUAAUUUUAUUUCAGGUUAAGGUGUGCUACUUUGAUAUGUAAUUAUAUUUGUCAAACAUGUGCUAAAUUUGGAUUUGAUGAUGGACUUCAAAUAAAUCCAAGUCUAAAUUAAAAUUUAACCAGGGAA